UUGAAAUAGUAUGGGGUAGAAUCGAUCGCACGGAAUGAGUCGCGCAAAAUUCUUUAUGACGUUUCCAAUCCCGCCUUUGGUGUUCUUUAGUGCAAUAGAAGACGGCCUUGCACCGCGAACACUUUAAUAGCUUGUCAGUCCUGUUACAAACUACGCAGAUCACCGUUGCACCUAUUUGAACAUCACCGCCGGGUGUCUGCGCACGACUGACUGUCGGUCCGGACAUGUUUCGUCGUUUAUUUCGCGGCCACGAAUGCCGACGACAUUUCUCCAAGCAGGGAAGUCACACACGCACUUGAUCUGCGUACGACACUACCGCGCUAUCGGAACACCGCACUCUUUUGCUUAUACUACAAACGUUGGUUUACAUACUAUAUAUGUAUUAUCGAAUCUGCAAAACACACCUAUUGGCGCAACGAUGAUCAAAACAUUGAUCUUUAAUAUCCAUUACUACCUAUUACGAUUGCACGUAAUCCUAUAUGGUCGUCUGUUACCAUUUAAUUACACUCCACCAGAUUUUUCGAAAAGUCAUUUAAAAGUUAUGUGUCAUAUACUAUUUUACAUGUUCGUCUUCUUUAAAGCAGCGCCACUCCAUUGUAUAUAUCUUACUUUUUGCUACCCAACAUGGAUUCGGUACGUUUAUACAGAGUUCACGAAAGCAGCCUUCGAUUACCUUUGUGAUAGGUCAUGAAACGUUUCAUUGUUACAUUAUGAAAUGCACCCUGUUGGUAAAAAUGUUUCGUAUAACAAAAUGAUUAAAGAACAAAGAUAUAUAGAAACGAUAAAGUUGUUAACACUUCUUGAUUCUUAUACCUCUUCUAGACCCUGUUUGUCUCUACUUGCAUAUUGUUACUUUUACACACAAGACUUUAUAGCUUCUGCUCAGUGUUACGAAAAAUUAAUUCAAUUGUGUCCAGAUGAAAACAUAUAUAAAUUAUAUCAUGCUCAAUCUUUGCAUCAAGCAUGUAUGUAUCAAGAGGCUUGGACAAUAUGUUCCAAUAUUAUUAAUCAUAAUAAUUUAGAAUCUAAAGUAAAAAAACUACAGGCAGCUAUAAAAUAUGGUCAAGAAGAUAUGGUUGUUGCAAAAAGUCUUGUUGACCAAUGUCCAAUGGAUGAUAUUGAUACAGAAAUUAAUUUAGGGUGUCUUUUAUAUAAGGAAGAACAGUAUGAACAAGCUUUAAAAAAAUUUACAAAUGCAUUACAAAUCGCAGGUUUUAAACCUCGUUUAUCAUAUAAUGUAGCACUUUGUUAUUUUAAAUUGAAAGAAUAUGCUCCAUCAUUGAAAUAUAUUGCUGAUAUUAUUGAACAAGGGAUAAAGGAACACCCAGAAUUGGGAGUAGGAAUGACUACAGAUGGUAUAGAAGUCCGUAGUGUUGGAAAUACAUUAACAUUGCAUGAAACAGCUUUAACAGAAGCAUUUAACUUAAAGGCUGCAAUAGAAUAUCAAUUGCAAAAUUACGAAGCAGCAAAAGAAGCGUUAACAGAUAUGCCUCCAAGAUCUGAAGAGGAACUUGAUGCGGUUACUUUGCAUAAUCAAGCUUUGAUAAAUAUGGACACAAAGCCAAGCGAGGGAUUUGAAAAACUCCAAUUUUUACUACAACAAAAUCCAUUUCCACCUGAAACGUUUGCUAAUUUAUUGUUAUUGUAUUGUAAAUAUCAAUAUUAUGAUUUAGCAGCUGAUGUCCUAGCUGAAAACGUACACCUGACCUAUAAAUAUUUAACCCCGUAUUUAUAUGAUUUUUUGGAUGCAUUAAUUACGCAACAAACUUCGCCAGAAGAAGCAUAUCGUAAAUUUGAUGAUCUUGGAAAUAAACAUAUGGAGAUAUUAAGAAAAGCAACAAAGCGGGUUCAGGAGGCAAGAAUGAAUCACGAUGAUAAUGCUGUUAAAAAAGCAGUAACUGAUUAUGAAGAAGCUUUGGAACGAUAUGUACCUGUCUUAAUGGCUCAGGCCAAAAUUUAUUGGGAACUUGGAAAUUAUAUGCAGGUUGAAAAAAUUUUUCGAAAAAGUGUAGAAUUUUGCAAUGAGCAUGAUAUAUGGAAGUUAAAUGUAGCUCACACGUUAUUUAUGCAAGAGAACAAAUUUAAAGAAGCAACGGGAUUUUAUGAGCCCAUUGUGAGGAAAAAAUAUGAUAAUAUUUUGGAUGUAAGUGCUAUAGUACUCGCUAAUUUAUGUGUAAGUUAUAUUAUGACAUCUCAAAAUGCAGAAGCAGAAGGUCUAAUGAAAAAGAUAGAAAAAGAAGAGCAAGCAAUUUCGCGAGAAGAUCAAGAUAAAAAAUUAUUUCACUUAUGUAUUGUAAAUUUAGUAAUAGGAACAUUGUAUUGUUCUAAAGGAAAUUAUGAGUUUGGUAUAACCAGAGUAAUGAAAAGUUUAGAACCAUACAAUAAAAAAUUAGGAACCGAUACUUGGUUCUACGCGAAGAGAUGUUUCCUCUCCCUUUUGGAACAACUAGCAAAACAACUGGUAGUUUUAAAAGAUUCAACGCUUCAAGAAUGUAUACAAUUCUUAGAACAUUGCGAAGUUUAUGGAAGAGAUGUAAUUACGGUGGUGGAACAGCCUUUCGAUAUGCAUGACAUGCUUUCUAUGACUCCACAAGGAAAACAAACAGUUGUAUAUGAAGCACGGUAUUUAAAAACGCUAUUUUUAAGGUUUCAAAUGUCUUAAAUUAUUGAAUGCUCUAAAAAUAUUUAUUAAA